AUGUCUGCGGAUGCCACCACCGGCAUACGCUCCGGACUGUUCGGCACGGAGGGAUUAGCGCAAGGGCCGCCUUCUGGCUUCGAGAAGAUAACGGAGGGAACUGCCGCCGUCCUGUUCCCGCCAGCCGCUUUCAAGGGCGCCUGCGUGAAGGAACAGCGGCAGCAGCAGCUGUAUGACGCGGAGGAGGACGAUGGUCAAGCCGUCUUCUACAAUCCAGCGCAAGUGGUCAAUCGGGACUUGAGUGUGUGCGCGCUGGCGUGUUUCGCGCGCCUUCGCCGUGACGAGCCGUGUCGAAAGGGCGGUACGCGUCAAGGCAUCACAAUUCUUGAGGCGCUGAGUGCCACGGGGUUGCGUGCCAUACGCUAUUACAAGGAAGUCCCUGGCAUUCGCUACAUUAUCGCUAAUGACCUUGACGUGGAUGCCGUCGCGUGUAUCCGUCGCAACUGCGAGUUCAACGCGGUGCCGUGCGUCAAGCCGACGAUGGCGGAGAACUUCCCGUCGGCGCAAAUUCGCGUGGAUGAGGCCACGGGGGCCAUUCUGAGUGGCGGCGCGGUGGUGCCGAACUUGGACGACGCGAAUGAUUUGAUGUUCCGCCUCGCUACAAACCCUGCCGUGUAUUCGGGACGGCGUAUCUGCGUUGCGGCAAACAGCUGUAGCAACAACGAAAACAGCAACCCAGACAUUGAACCGUUGCUGCAACAAGAGCUGAUGGAUGUUGUGGACCUUGACCCAUACGGCUCCGCCUCCCCAUUCCUGGACGCAGCGAUGCGGUGUAUUAAGGAGGGCGGGCUGAUGCUCGUGACGAGCACUGACAGCGCCAUUCUGUGCGGCAACUACCCCGACACGUGUCACGCCAAAUAUAACACGGUGCCAACGAAAAACGCCGCGUGUCACGAAAUGGCUGUGCGGAUUCUCCUCGCCUCUAUGGAGCGUGUGGCGAACAAACACCGCAAAUAUAUUGUGCCGCUGCUUUCCUUGCACAUUGACUUCUACGUUCGGUGUUUUGUUCGCGUCUACACGCAGCCGGCGGAGGUGAAGCUGAGCCCCUGCAAGCUGGGGUAUCUUCUUCAGUGCAGUAACUGUCCUGGGUACUGGGUCCGUCCCAUGGCUGUUGCACGCAUGCGUGGGAAGAAACGUGGAAGGGCAGAGGGUCCAAUGCCCAAUACCGCUACCACCACAACACCCACAACCGUCAGCAGCAACAGCAACAACAAUAAUAACAAGAAUGAUACGAACGAAAUGGAUGAAACGAAGGCAGCAUGUAAAGCUGAUGCUUUGGGGCGGGAGCGUUUCCCAGUGGCCCCCUCACGGCAGGAUAACCCAAAGGUAACGUGCUGCAGCCUGCAGCAGAUGCUAUCGGCUGUAGACGCGCGGUGUUGCAGUGUUUGUGGGGCCUUCGUGACGCUGUCUGGGCCCAUCUAUGCGGCGCCGACACAAAAUGUGCCGUUCCUCACACACCUGCUUCAGGAGAUCGAGCAGCGUGGCGCAGCAAAGCAGAUCACGGCAGAGGCACGUGUGACCGGCCUGGUACGCGUGGCGAUGGAAGAACUCCCAGACACUCCGCUCUUCUUCCAGCUUCCCGACAUCGCCUCCUUCGUGCGAGUGCGUUGCCCACCCACCCCAUUCUUCGUUGGGGCGCUGGGGCGAUUGGGAUACCGCUGCAGCCAGGUACACUGUGCCCCGUCGGGCAUCAAGACCGACUGCCCACCGGAUGUUCUCACCAGUGUGAUGCUACAAUGGAAGCAGGAGCAGAAGANACAAGACGCAAAGGAGAGUGGCAGCAACGAUGCAGAGAAUGCGGCACCCGGGAAAAAUGCUACUAAUGAUGAUAUUGCUACUACUGGGGAGGGCGGUGACGGUGAGAAAUUAAAGAAGGAGAGGCGGGGAGGUGUUGCGCGUGCACCGUUGGUGUCCGCAUUGGCGGAGGCGGACUUUACGUACGACAGAAAGUACGACUUCCGCGGUGCUGUGACGGGCGUGGCGAAGUUCAUCCCAAAUGCCCCCAACUGGGGACCCAAACGGCGGCACCAAGGCGCCUCACAUGACGACGCACAACCGUAA